AUGUCAGACGGGUAUAAGAAACCUCAAAGAUAUGUGCCCGGUCCAAAUGACCCGGCACUACCGCCACAACUUUCUGAAUUCAAAGAUAAAUCGACAGAUGAAGUCCUAGAGGAAUUAAACCGAAUGCCUUUCUUCAUGACAAAGCUGGAUGACACGGAUGGAGAUGGCGGUUCCAAUAUGGAAUUAGAAGCUUUAAAGGCAUUAGCGUAUGAAGGUGAACCACAUGAAAUAGCUGAAAACUUCAAAAAUCAAGGUAACGACCUCUAUAAAGUAAAAAGAUUCAGAGAUGCAAGAGAAAUCUAUACGAAAGGUAUUGAAAUGAAGUGUGACGUGGCCAAGAUCAAUGAAUCAUUAUAUGCUAAUAGAGCAGCAUGUCAGCUAGAGCUGAAAAAUUUUAGAAGCUGUAUAUCUGAUUGUAAGACAGCUUUAACAUAUAAUCCCAAAAAUAUUAAGUGCUAUUUCCGUAUGGGGAAAGCUUUUACAGCAAUCAACAAAUUCGAAUCUGCUAGGGAAUCUAUAGAAUUUGGUCAAAAAAUUGAUAAUGACAACAAAUCUUUCGAGAAUCUAUUGAAUAUAAUCAAAAACAAAGAGGAAGAGAUUAGAAAGUAUGAAGAAAAGAAGUUAAAAGCACAACAAGAUCGUGAGAACAAAAAAAUUAUGUUACAAGAUGCAUUGACUUUAAGAAAUGUCAAAUCAAUCAAAACAAACUCUCCUGCAAAUAUGAUGGAAGAAGCCAAAGUUAGAUUAGAAGAUCCUAUGGAUUUUGAGUCUCAAAUGAUUUAUCCCGCGCUAGUCAUGUAUCCAACAACCGAUGAGUUCGAUGUCAUAGCUGAGGUAGGCGAACUCAGCACAGUCCAAGAUCUUUUAGAUUUAGUUAUGAACAGACCAACAGACUGGUUUGAAAUGCCUGGUCAUGAAAAUUUCAGUCCAAACAAACUAAUUGCAUUCAUGGAAACACAAGCCGGUGGAUUAAUCAAAGUCGGUAAGAAAUUAACCUUCCAUGACAUUUUGAAAAAGCAGUCUCCAAGUGUCCCCCUAUUUGAUGACGCUAUUAAGAUUUAUUUUGUCCCUAAAUCUGAAAGUGACACAUGGAUCUCUAAAUGGAAUAAAGUCGAUGCCAUAAAGAGAAGAAGUGGAAAUUAA